AUGUCGCGCUCCUCCUCAAGGCGCCUAUCAUUGGGCACACUCAGUUCUCGAGGUUCUGUCAACUCCUUUCAAGUUGCUGGCUUGGAAUUCAAUAGGAACAAACAGGGAGAACUGGCGCAAGCCAUGCUUUCUGAGGUGGAUGAGAUACUCAGGGCGUAUGAUGCCGAGCUUGGAGCGGUCCUUCCCAAGGCUCAGUGCUCCCGUCGGCGAAGCUUGUCAGAUGAUCGUUUUCCGAAUGCUCAAGCAAAUGCUUCCUCCUCCCUUGACAUUACUUUUGAAUCAUCAGUUGACUACAGUUCUUUGUCUUCGAUGAUGAAUGCAGGACGGUCUGAGAGCAGGCGUCAUUGGGGUCUUUGCCAGUCGGAUAUAUUUCGCAUGCAGACUUCAGCUGCUCAGCCAGCUUCCACGGACCUUCAGGUGGACGGGGAUGCAAUAAAUACGCUUUUGGCGAAAGUGCAUACACUUUUGUCUACGCAGAUGGCUCCAAAGAUUCAGGAAUUGAUGACGGAGGUUGCAGAGCUUCGUAGGCACAACGAACUCUUAUCCGAAAAACUCGAACAGCAGAGACAGCGCAACGAAAAGCAGCUUGAAGAGUUUGAAGAGCUCCAGUCAGAACUCCGGGCCCAUGAGGCUCAGCAAAAAAAACAGAAGAGCUUUUUGAAGGAGUUGGACAUCUGUCAAAGCGAAAACGCGAUGCUGAAGGUGGAACUGAAGAAUUUGCACGUCCUCAUUGCAAAGCAUAGGGAUCGCAAGUCGGCCCAGUCUCCACGACAAGCGCAUCAAGAAGAUGCGACUGACUAUCAGAAGGCCUCCAACGAGUGGCUCAGAAAAGAGAAUGAGGAUCUACGCCACGAAGUGUCGCGUCGUCGUGUUGAGAUGGCUGAAAAGGAAACAACGAUUAAUCAGCUCAUGGAUGCUAUCAGGUCUCUCUCGUGUACUGAGAGUCGGAAAUGGUCAAUGCAACGCAGGAAAUCCUCUGUGCAAUGCCUUCCGGAUUCCCCUCGCUCUCCGCAGUCACUAGCCUCCUCUAUAUCGCCAGGUGUCGUCUCACUGGAUUCUCAAGUAGGAGAAGCGUUGUGUCUGGAAGGACCAAGGGAGCGAUCCCGCAGCAACAUACUUGACAGGGUGGGCUUUGCAGCUCCUUCAGUCAUGUCAGGCUCGGUUACCACACUAGCAGAAGACCUAAGCUUAGCGUCCACCCCAGCGUCGGACAGUUCAAGUGGACCGCCUGUGGCCUUAAUCUUGCCUGCUGAGAAGCGCAGCAGCUUUAGAGGAGCUGUGCAGCCUUCAACGCUACGCCUGGCAGUCAAAAAGACAAAUUUAGCACCCAAACAUAUUCAGCUAAAGGAGGCCAGUGGACUGGCGAGCGACGGGAGCGAAUUGCAGCAGCAGCUUAGCAACGCAUUGGAAGCCAUGGAGAGAGCUUUGUUUGAACUGGAGGACCUACGUUCCUCGCAACUAAAAGAAACCGCUAAACUGAAGACAGAUAUGGAUUUCUCAAAGCAAGCUUUCAUUCAAGCAAAAGAGCAGAUACGCACGAUGACCGAAGAGGCGGAGAGACUGAGGAAUGAAUGCCAAGCAGCAAGGGCUGAGCAACGCGAGGCCCAGACAAAACUGGAUGAAUCAACUAGGCAGUUACGUGAGAGCUGUAAGAAGGUAGGGGAGCUUCAAGACACUUUGGAGAGGAUGCACAACGCAAAAGAAGAAGCUCAGAGGGCUGCAAACGACACAAGCUUACGGCUCACUAAUGCGUUGCAGUCAGCUGAAGGCCAGGCAGUAAUUUUCCGUGACAAGAUUUCGAAUCUCGAGGGAAUGCUCACAUCUCUCCGCCCCAAACAGGGGAGCUCUGGAACUCUAGAGCCGGCGAUUUAUCAGGUGACUCCCCGGGAGGCUUUUGACAUUCAGGACGAUACCCGUGAUGUGUCAAAGCUGGGAAGUGGGACUGCGAACCUGUGUUUGUUACAAGUAGGUCAAGCAAGCGCCUCUCGACCUAGUGCUUGCCCAGUGCAAACCAGCUGCAGCAGUGGGCAGCUACAGCUACUUGAGGCGCCUGUCCAUGCAGAGGAGCUGAGCAUUAUUUCCCAGGUCCCAAAUGUUGGCUGUUGUUCGCCUUUUGGAUGCUUAAAUAUCUGGUCACAAGAGUCUGAAGGCCCUACAGACCAAACCGCCUAA